AUGGAUAUGGUCCGUGCCGAAGGCGACGCAGCGCUUGCGCGCAUCACCAAGAAGUUCGACGGCGCGGAGCUGUCGCCGGAUGAUCUCAUCAUCGACGUGGCCAGUGCACCAUGGCCCAAGGUGGAGCCCAAAGUGGCCGAGUCCUUAGAUGCCGCCUACGCCAACGUGCGGCGCUUCCAUGCCGCGCAGAAGAAGCCACGGCUUCGGGUGGAGACCAUGCCGGGGGUGGAGUGUCGCCGCCUCGCCGUGCCCAUUGAGGCGGUGGGCCUCUAUGUGCCUGGCGGCACAGCCGUGCUGCCAUCCACCGCGUACAUGCUGGCCACGCCCGCGAAGCUGGCGGGUUGCAAGGAGAUCGUCCUUGCCACGCCUCCACGAGCAGAUGGCAGCAUUUGCCCAGAGGUGGUCUAUGCCGCCAAGCGGGCGGGCGCCACCAAGAUCUUGAAAGCCGGCGGCGCGCAGGCCAUCGAGCUGCUAUGGCUUUCGGCACCAAGAGCUGCCCGAAGGUGCACAAGAUCACGGGCCCUGGCAAUCAAUACGUGA